AUGGAGAAUAGCAGAGUAUUAUCAAUUCAAUCUUGGGUGUGUCAUGGUUAUGUAGGAAAUAAAUGUGCGGUGCUUGCAUUGCAGCAUCUUGGUGUAGAGGUUGAUCCGAUCAAUACGGUUCAGCUAUCAAACAAUACAGCCUAUUCUAGUUGGAAAGGUGAAACAUUGUCGUCAAGCAAACUGUUAGAGAUAUACGAUGCAUUGGACCACAACAAGAUUGCAGACUAUACACAUGUACUCACUGGCUACAACAACAACGCAGAGACAUUACGAUCAGUAUUAAAGAUUGUAAAGAGUUUAAAGGAAAAGAAUCCAUCGCUCAUCUAUGCAUGUGACCCGGUAUUGGGUGACAAUGGCAAGUUGUAUGUGCCAGAGGAUUUAGUUUCUGUAUAUCGUGAUGAAGUCAUUCCACAUGCAGACUACCUAUUCCCAAAUCAAACUGAAGCAGAAUUAUUAACAGGAGUACAAAUUAAAAAUGAAAGUGAUGCAUUGAUUGCAGUCGAUAAAUUACAUGCUAUCGGUAUAAAGAAUGUAGUGAUUACUAGUUUAUUCUUGGACGAGACACAAAAGAAUAUAAUGAUGUUGGGAAGUCAAAAAGGAGGUUCUCGAUUUAAGAUUAUAGUUCCCAAGUUUGAAGGAUACUAUACGGGUACUGGCGAUUUGUUUAGUUCGCUGUUACUGGGCUGGAGUGCAACUGAACCAAACCUAGCGGUCGUAUGCGAGCGUGCCGUUUCCACCUUGUACAAUAUCCUCAAAGUCACACAUGAAGCCAAGGCUAUCAUCCCCAACGCUAAAAAUAUUGAAUAUCACGAAUUACGUUUGGUACAAGCACGUCAUUUCAUUGGAUCAAAAGAAAACAGCAACCAUGAGCGAGUUUGUUUAAGAAAGAACAACUAUAUUAGUUUCAAUUUAGCACCCCCAACGAUGGUGGGUGAGACAUGCGCCUCGGUCAAGGGCAAAGAUCUGUGGGCUUCCAUACCUUCCCACCACUACUCCGACCAACUCAACUCACCCCAGAUUCAAUCAUAA